AUUCUUGUUACCUGAACAUACGCUCAUCCAUUCAGACUCAACUACUACUCUCAUACUCUCAUCACAAAACAAAACCAAUCACUCCUCCCUCCCUUUGGAUUCGCCGGCGGCGGUUUCCUUUUCUAUUCUCCUCCAUUUUGAGAUGGACUCCCGCCGGCGAUCGACCUCCAAAGCCACCACCGCCCACCCACCACCACCACCACACAUGAAAAUGAAAAUGGGAGUGGGAGUGGGUCUACAUCAACGUCAUAAUGACAAAGAGCUCAAGGCCUCAGACGCUUUGCCACUCCCACUUUACCUCACCAAUGCUGUCUUCUUCACUCUGUUUUUCUCUGUGGUCUACUUCUUGCUCACUCGCUGGCGUGAGAAGAUUCGUAACUCCACCCCUCUUCAUGUCCUUAACUUGUCUGAGAUAGUCGCCAUCUUCGCCUUCAUCGCUUCCUUCAUCUACCUCCUUGGUUUCUUCGGAAUCGAUUUUGUCCAGUCGAUUCUUCGACCUUCCACUGAUCUCUGGCCUAACGAGGACGAAAUCGACGAUGCCCAGAACCCAGACGAAAUCGUUCUUAAAGAAGACUCUCGUAAAGUCCCUUGUGGUGCUGGCCUCGAUUGCUCACCUCCUCAGAUCGUAAACAAGGAAAUUGUCUCUCCUCCUUCCCUGGUACCUACGGUAUUGAGCGAAGAGGAUGAGGAGGUCAUCAAAUCAGUCGUGAAAGGAUCGACACCUUCUUACACUCUCGAAUCAAAACUCGGAGAUUGUAAAAGAGCCGCGGCGAUUCGACGCGAGGCGCUUCAGAGACUCACUGGCAAAUCAUUAACUGGGUUACCUCUCGAGGGGUUCGAUUACGAAUCUAUACUUGGCCAGUGCUGCGAGAUGCCAGUGGGUUAUGUUCAGAUCCCAGUUGGUAUUGCUGGACCACUUUUGCUGGAUGGGAUAGAGUACUCUGUUCCCAUGGCUACCACAGAGGGUACCUUGGUGGCAAGCACAAACCGUGGGUGCAAAGCUAUUCACUUGUCAGGUGGGGCCGCUAGUGUUUUGUUGAAGGAUGGUAUGACCAGAGCUCCUGUGGUUAGGUUUGCUUCAGCUCAAAGGGCUGCUCAUUUGAAGUUCUUCUUGGAGAACCCCAACAAUUUCGAGAACUUGUCCAUGAUCUUCAACAAGUCCAGCAGAUUUGCUAGGCUUCAGAAUAUUAAGUGUAAUAUUGCUGGCAAGAAUCUCUACAUGAGAUUCACUUGCAGCACCGGUGAUGCCAUGGGCAUGAAUAUGAUCUCCAAAGGUGUCCAAAACGUCUUGGAUUAUCUCCAGGAUGAUUUCUCGGACAUGGAAGUUAUUGGCAUCUCUGGAAACUUCUGUUCGGACAAGAAAGCAGCUGCAGUGAACUGGAUUGAGGGGAGAGGCAAGUCUGUGGUUUGUGAGUGUGUGAUAAAGGGUGAGGUGGUGAAAAAGGUGCUCAAGACUAAUGUGGCGGCCUUGGCGGAGCUCAACAUGCUCAAGAACCUGACUGGUUCAGCUAUGGCUGGAGCUCUUGGGGGCUUCAACGCACAUGCUAGUAACAUUCUUUCUGCCGUGUACAUAGCCACCGGCCAAGACCCAGCACAGAACGUGGAAAGCUCUCACUGUAUCACCAUGAUGGAAGCUGUCAAUGAAGGACAGGAUCUUCACGUCUCUGUCACUAUGCCUUCUAUUGAGGUUGGUACAGUUGGUGGAGGUACCCAGCUUGCUUCUCAGUCAGCAUGCUUGAAUCUGCUUGGGGUGAAAGGUGCAAACAGAGAAUCAGCAGGAUCAAACGCAAGGCUACUGGCCACCAUUGUAGCUGGUUCUGUGCUGGCUGGGGAGCUCUCCCUUAUGUCUGCUCUGGCAGCAGGGCAGCUUGUUAGGAGCCAUAUGAAAUACAAUAGGUCUAGCAAGGAUGUUUCUAAAGUUUCCUCUUAAAGGGAACAGAUGUAAGAAUACCCCCAACCUUGAGGCUUAAAAGUUAAAAGGCCUCAGGAACAUGGAAAAUUAAGGUCGAUACAAAUCAACUGUCAAUUAGUCAUGGAGACUUGGAGGGACAUGAUUGGAAAAUUGAACAGCAUAAAAUAUAUAGCAGACCCAAGCAGCAAAGAAAUCUGUUUGUUUGUUUGUUUGUUUUUUUUUUUAAUUCUGUUCCCACCCUUUUUUUUUUUGUUAAUUUCAAGUUAUGUAACAAAAGUACCUGCAAAUUGUGUACUAUGAUGGAAAAGUUUAGUAUCAUUUCAUUCCUUGAAGAUUA